AUGUCUUUUCUCUCCUCUCUGUCCGUCCUGCUCCUCUGUACGAACGUUAGACUCGGCAGCUCGGGUAGAAUCCUGAUCCCGGGACCUCCGCUGGGGAGUCGGUGGGUUUUAGUCAACAAAGUAGCGACGGAGCUGACCAGGGUGGGGCAUGACGUCACAAUGCUGGUACCGGCAGGGAUGGAGGGCUACAUCCGGGACGUUGAGAAGUUCUCCCUGCUGACGACGCGCCAUGCGGAGGCGGUGCGGUACUACAGGGAACGGCUGAACAAGCGCGUGAGCCUGGCGCCGCGGGGGGUCUGGUUCCUCCCACAGGACCUGUACUCGGCGCUGUCCUAUGUCGUGGAUCACGCCAAGCUGUACGAGCUGAUGGCGUCAGAGUGUGAAGCGACGCUACAACAGGAGGUGUUAAACGGCACCCAUUUUGACCUGGUGUUGUCGGACUUCCUGUCGCCGUGUGCUGUGAUCCUCGCGAGGCGUCUGCGGGCCCCGGUGGUGUUCCUCGCCCGGGGCACACCGGGCGGGUACGAUCUCUCGGCGGCCGGGGUGCCCUCUCCCGCCGCGUACGUGCCGCAGCUCGGCCUGGCGCUCACGGACAGCAUGGGCUUCCUGCAGCGGCUGCAGAACGGGCUGGUGCAGCUGGUACAGCACGUGCUGACGGGGAGACUGCUGCUGCAGCCGUUCGACACCAUCGCCAAGUAA